GGGAAGGCGACUGUCCAGUCCCGACGACGGCACUUUUUUAUAUAUAAGAAACCCAGAGAAUUUUGCUGGUCCUAAAAUUAUUCCAAUUUCCCUGUCAAUUCGAUCUCUUUUCUCCCCCACCAGUUUCAUCGCCUCCUUCGCACGCCAGCCCCUACUCCAAUUUCCCAGCGAUGUCUUCUACGGCCACGGCCACGGCCACCGCCGCACCCACAGCCAGUGCAAUUCAACGCAGCCAAGUUGAUCUAGUGGACUUUAUCGACUGGUCUGGAGUUGAAUGCCUCAACCAAAACUCCGCCCACUCUAUUGCCAAUGCUCUGAAACAGGGUUACAGGGAAGAUGAUGGCUUGAAUGUUGAGAGUGAUGCUGACGAACAGUUGUUGGUCUACAUACCUUUCCUUCAAGUUGUUAAACUGCACUCUCUCGCUGUCAAAGGGCCUGAAGAAGAGGGUAUCCUCGUGAACUUUCUUUGUACUUGUCCCAAAACUGUGAAGCUCUACUCAAACAGGGAGCACAUGGGGUUCAGCAAUGUUAAUGACUUCCCUCCCAGUGAUACCGUAGAGUUUUCUGCAGAAAAUAUUCAGGCUGGGAAACCUGUAGUGUUGAAGUAUGUAAAGUUUCAGAAUGUUCGUAGCGUGACAAUUUUCAUCGAAGACAAUCAGUCUGGUGGUGAUGUUACUAAAGUUCAAAAGAUUGCCUUCUUCGGAACAACGGUGGAAACAACAGACAUGAAGGGACUGAAGAAGAUUGAGGAUCACUGAUCGCGCGUCCUUGGAGUGGAAGAAGAUUAAGAGGGAGGUUUGCGAGGAAGACACGGGUGCUUUGGACAACUAUUCCAAGUUGUGAAUUUGCCUUUGUCCGUCGAGAAUUUACAUUGAUCAAGGUGAUGUUUGGAAUGAAAAGCAACUUUUGAGAUUAUCAUGGAAGUUGACGGUGGAUGUCUUUUGCCUGGAAAAUAUGGAGGCCUUGUGCAACUGUUAUUAACUUAUUAUCCAUCUAAUCUAUUAUAUUAGACUUUGCUGAUUUACAUGAUAAUAAUGUGUGUUAGGUGGGUUUUCCU